GUGUGGUGUGCUGGUUGUUGUCGUCCUUGCGGCAAAGACACGAUGUCACAGACGCAGAUGAUAUCCACCACACAGGUGUACGCGAGGCCUCGGCACCAGUUCAUGCCGAACUGGAUGCCUAGGAGUCAACAUGGGCACAAACAAUACUCGCAGAGUCAAGGAGGUCAGGUCAACGUGACGGCCAUACCCGUGGAAUUCGACGGGAAGCGGCUUCGGAAGCCGGUCGCUCGAAAGACUGUGGACUAUAACUCCAGCAUGCACGAGUGGCUCCAGGAGCGGCUAUGGCAAAGGGACCAUAGGGACAAACCUGCUCUCCAACCGGAUCCUGCGUACCAGAUGCGAAUGGUGACCCCAUCGAGCAUGGGCAAUGAUCCCUCAAAUGUCGUCACCUCGAAAUUCGUCAGGGCGGCGACAAACAAGAUGAAAUGCCCCGUUUUCUGCGUCACGUGGACGCCCGAAGGCCGAAGACUGAUCACAGGAGCAUCGAGUGGAGAGUUCACUUUAUGGAAUGGUCUCACGUUCAAUUUUGAAACUAUUCUCCAGGCACAUGACUUACCAGUUCGCUGCAUGACGUGGAGCCGCAACGAUCAAUGGAUGGUCACCGGGGACCACGGAGGUUACAUCAAAUACUGGCAGACCAACAUGAAUAAUGUUCGAAUGUUUCAAGGUCAUAAGGAGGCAGUUAGAGGAAUCAGCUUCUGUCCCACUGAUAUGAAAUUUACUUCCUGCUCAGACGACGGCACUGUUAGAGUGUGGGACUUCCAGAAAUGUGAUGAAGAACGUAUUUUGAGAGGACACGGAAGCGAUGUGAAGUGUGUCGACUGGCAUCCACAGAAAUCCUUGAUUGUUUCGGGAUCGAAAGACUCUCAGCAGCCCAUAAAGCUUUGGUGUCCCAAAUCCGGUCAGAGUAUAGCUACGAUACACGCGCACAAGUCGACCGUCAUGGACGCUCGGUGGAACCGAAACGGAAAUUGGCUGUUAACGGCUUCCAGAGAUCAUCUCAUAAAACUCUUCGACGUGCGAAAGCUGAACGUUGAAUUACAGACAUUCCGUGGACACAAACGCGAAGCUUGCACUCUGGCGUGGCACACUGUCCACGAGGAAGUUUUCGCCAGCGGUGGAUCGGACGGCUCCGUCAUGUUCUGGACGGUGGGUACUGACAAAGAAGUGGGCUCGAUGGAUCAGGCCCAUGAUUCCUGCGUUUGGUCGUUGGCGUGGCAUCCAGUAGGUCACAUACUCUGCACUGGAUCCAAUGAUCACACCAGCAAAUUCUGGACCAGGAAUCGACCAGGUGAUAAAAUGCGCGACAGAUAUAAUCUCAACACGUUGCCCAGAGGACUCGAUGAUCUCGAUGAAGACAUACCCGGCAUGCAUGAUCGAAAUGCAUCGCAGGACCCCUACAUCCCGGGGAUGGGAAUCGACGCCGAUCAGCUGGAAAAAUUGAGAGAGGGCUCUAUCCCGGGACUGGACGACGAUCGACCGCAGAAGAAGAUGCCGCACAGCAAGCCCAUCCACAAAGGCUUCCAACAACAAUGGAUGGAGAAUCGUGCACCGGUCAAUUUCAAAGACGGUGAAGGCAAACAGUCAUCGAAUUCGGCGAAACAGGACCGGUCCGAAGCUAAGAACGACCGAGUGCCUCCGCCUCCACACGUGAUGCAGCAAAUGCCCCCUGAUAUGCGACAACCUCCGCAGGACGGAAUGAUGCCUGGCUUGCAUAUGCCUCAUCCAAACUGGAUCGAAGGCGGUUUAUCCUUCUUGCCACCGCCAGGACCCAUGGGUUUCCCGAUGGGACCUCCUCCGUUCAUGAAUCAAGGCGGGCCCUUCCGACAUCCGCCACCGCCGAGACCUCCAGGGGACCAGUGGGGAGGUCCCCCAGACGGCUGGCGGCCGCCAGGGGAUUGGGAUGCGAACGGAAACGGCGACUGGGGUAGAGGACCAGGAAAUUGGAAUAAUAACAAUGGACCGCCGGGAGGAGGACCCCCGGGAGGAGGACCCCCGGGCGGAGGACCCAUGUGGAGAGGUCGCGGAAGAGGAGCUCCCCGAGGAAUGCGCGGAGGACCGAUGGGAAACAUGCAGCGGCGAGGCGGCAAUGGUACCAUGUGGAGAUAG